AAACAGAUAUUGGUCUUCUUUCAGGUGUUCUGUUACGCGGUGUGUGCAGUGACCGUCAUCGGUUCGACGAGAUGCGAACCGGCAGAGGAAAGCGCUUCGACCGACAAAGCACAACCUGCCAACAGGAGGAGCUUCGGCGAAUACCAUGGGCUGUAUGCCCCUGCGUACCACACUCACUAUGGGGCGGCCGCGGCCACCAACCACGGCCACUACGUCCCCGCGACGGCCCACUACCACGCUCACGGCUACGCAUCUCCUGCACACUAUCACAGCCACGGCUACGCACCGGCACACUAUCACAGCCACGGUUACGCACCGGCACACUAUCACAGCCACGGCUACGCACCGGCACAUUAUCACAGCCACGAGACCACUGUGCACGGGUUCAAACACCAGCCUGUCGUCUACCAGUCAGUGGUGCACACGUAUCCAACGGCCACCAYGGUCGUCCACAAACCAGUACCAGUGCCGGUCGCCCACCCCGUCCCGGUGCCCGUUGACCGACCUGUGGCCGUCGAAGUUCCUCGGCCGUAUCCAGUAGCCGUCAACCGACCAUACCCAGUGCCCGUCAUUAAGCCCGUCGCCGUGCCCGUGGCCCAGCCGUACCCGGUGACCGURUAUAAACCGUACCCUGUGCCCGUAUACCGCCCAMUACCGGUGGCYCCUGUGGCCAGACCAGCCGCCACCGCCGUACAUUACGUCACUAGACUUCCCACAGUUCGCGUACCGCUCGUCAGGUAUCCAGCACCAUCGUAUCACUCGCACGCUUACGCACCACAC